CACCACUUCCUGUGGGCGUGUCUUCUUCUUGCAAUUUGACUCCCUGGUGCUGCCACCCCCACAGGACUUCCUAACGACAGUUCCUCCUGUUGGCCCACUGUGGACCAAUCAAACAGCUCGACGUUUUUUUAUUGUGUGUACAUUUGUGUGUGUGUCCCUCUUGUGAGAGCUUAUGUACAGUAUUGACAUUUUUUUCCCCCCAGUCAAUGAGUGCUCUUGCUUCCAGCUUGACAACAAGUGGACUCUUAUCUUCUACUCUUUUGACUUACUGCAGGCCUCGGGCAGUAGAGUGUCUGCGGUGACGCUCACAUGCCAGAGAACAUGUCGCCGCAUGGCUAGAGCCUCUAAUUGUGGCCGUCACUCAACAGCGACAACAACAAAAAUGGUGUCAGAAAUGUCACGAAAUGACACUUGGCUAUCAGUCAACCACAGCUGCCUCCCAUGUGUUGCAUGAAGACUGUUUUCAACUUUGAGGCUUCUCCGGGAGAAAUAAAAACUGCAUAACAAAAGUGGCCUAAGGCUUGAUUUCAAGUCGCAUAGUUGAACUUAAAACGUUUGUUUUGUGUAAAUCCUAGCGUGCCUUUAGCAUGUUUAAACAUGUACUUCCCCCCACCCAUUAGAGUUGUCUUUUUCAUUUCUUCUUGUUUUUCAGCAACUGCCAUGAAAAUAGCAGCGUUCAACAUCCAGAAAUUCGGACGAAAUAAAGUGUCCGAUCCAGAUGUCGUUCGGAUUCUGGUGAAGAUUAUCCAACGCUAUGACAUCAUCGUGAUCUUGGAGGUGGUGGACAUCAGCGGUAUAGCCGUCAAGACCCUCCUGGAUGCGCUCAACACGUCCGACGCAGAUCAUCACUACACUUUAAAGAUCAGCACUCGUCUGGGUCGAUCCCGUUACAAGGAACAGUUCAUGUUCUUAUACAGGGACGACCUGGUAGACCUGGUGGGUUCGUAUCAGUUUGACGACCAGGUGACCGACGGCGGCGACGUCUUCGCCAGAGACCCUUACAUCCUCAGAUUCCGAUGUCAUCACACAGUGUUGAAGGAUCUGGUUCUGAUUCCCGUUCACACCAAACCGGAGGACUCGGAGACGGAGCUGGACGAGCUUUUUGAUGUCUUUCAACAUGUCAAGAAGAAGUGGAGGACAGAUAACGUAAUGAUCUUGGGUGACUUCAAUGCUGAUGGCGCAUACGUUUCCGAGCGUGAUUUGCAGAGUAUCCGCAUCCGCGCCGACAAGAACUUCCACUGGUUGAUCGGAGACGAUGUCGACACCACGGCAAGCACGGGCAACGCCCACACGUACGACAGAAUCGUGGUGUACGGAGACGACAUGCUUCGCGCCAUCGUACCAAACUCCGCCCGACCCUUCAACUUCCAGGAAGCUUUCGGGCUCACCAAUGAGCAGACACUACAGGUGAGCGAUCAUUACCCAGUGGAGGUUGAGUUGAGGUCCCUCACCAAACCACGACAGGAAAAUGAAGGUCUGCUUUUGGAUGGUGACCUACUGGAGUUGAAGCGAGGAAACCUUUUGUUGGAGCGUGAGAAACUCAACCUGGAGAUCCAAAUCCUCCAAAUGAAACUGUCCAAAAUGGAGCAAGGAGGUGAAGAACAACAACUACUGAUGCAGUCGCCACAUCAGCCUCUAACUUCGCCUUGCAAAAUGUUGUGAAAUCAGGUAACACAAAUGUAGAAGCUCCAGAGACCCCUGAAGGGGAAAUUUGUACAUUUCAACACUACUCUACUGAACUUUAGUUGUUUACAGCCAAGUAGUGCCUUAUAAGGCCAUCAUAUCUGCUUUUACCUCAUGUAUAUCCCCUUUAUGAAGAUUUUUUUUUAAAGACUAAGAUACUGAAUUUGUGUGCAGAACCAUAAAGUGUCAAAUAGUUACAUCGAUACCAAUUCUGACUAAAUCACUGCAUACUUACUUGACUAUGAAGUCAAACUGUCUUGGGUAGAUGUCCAAUCCAUUUGUAGUGGGAGGGGUGGCAGCACAAAUUGAUAGGGGGGUGCAUCUCUACCUCAUUGGCUGCCAAUGACAGCGCUUGACGUCCAAUUCAUCAGAAGCGGAAGGGAUGGCAGCAAAUAAAGAUUCAUUCAUUCAAUGCAACCAAUCCUCAAACAAAUUUCAAUUUGUGGCAAAAGCAUGAAAAGACCGUUCAUUGCCCCUACCAACAUGGCUUCAAGGCAGCCAUGUCGGUAGGGGCGACAGUCCAGUCGAAUUCAAUGCAUUGACAGUAACUACUAGUGAUGAACGGAUUGAAAUUCACAACUGAAGAAUGAUUGGACGCCAAGGGCGAUAAACGCUCUCAUUUACAGUGGUGUGUUUAGCUGGCAGCCAUCUUGGGUAGGUCUCGAAAAGAUUGCGCUUCAACGCCUUUCAAAAUAUGUCAUUUUUAGUUUCGUAUCUGUGCAACACUUGCCUCCAAGAUUUUAAAAUGUAACACCAUAGUUGGGUUUAUUUGCAAGCAUUUUAUUAGUCUUUUUCACAUUUACAAUAAAAUGUCAUUAAAAAAAAAACAAAAAUGUUUGCGAGUUUUAUUUCCAACAGAGACCAACCUUAUAUUUGAAAAUGGCUAGUCAGCGUUGACGACUACAAGUGUUUGC